AUAUAUACUCUUGGCCUUUGUAAUUGUAAAGAAUGGAAAGCCCAUUGGAGCAUGUUCAAAAGGAAAACAGAAAAAGAAAAUCAAUAAAAGAAAAGAAAAAAAUGUGGUCAGUCGCCCCAGGGUGCAUGCUGUCUUCAGUACAACAGGCUUCUCUGUUCCUAAGGUGUAGACAUUUCUCGCAGCAUGUAAUGUCAAGUAGGGACCACUGUCAUAGAAGCAUCCGGGCAUGUAUAUGUUGUUCUAACAGUUUUGAGAAGGACCCAAAUCUGCCUUCUAUUCAGCAACUAACUGAUGCACGAAUUAUUUACAGUGUUGCUCCAGCUAUGGGUCAUAACCAGGAGUCACAUCCAGAAUCUCAUCUUAGAGUUCCUGCAAUUGUGACUGCCCUUGAAAAAAUGGAACUCAGUGCAAAGUUUCGUGGUCCAGAAAUCAUUGAACUUCAACAUUUCAAGCCUGCUUCUGCGAUUGACAUUGCAAGUGUCCAUGCCAAAGCUUAUGUUGCUGGGCUUGAGAAGGCUAUGGAUCAAGCUUCACAAGAAGGCAUUAUUUUCAUUGAUGGUACGGGGCCAACCUAUGCCACUGCCACUACAUUCCAGGAGUCACUUAUGGCAGCUGGAGCAGGACUAGCCUUGGUUGAUUCAGUGGUUGCAGCAUCAAACAACAGCCAGAAUCCACCUACAGGAUUUGCUCUUAUAAGACCUCCAGGGCACCAUGCUAUUCCAAAAGGGCCUAUGGGCUUCUGUGUUUUUGGUAAUGUGGCCAUUGCUGCGCGCCAUGCCCAGCGUGUGCAUGGAUUGAAGAGAGUUUUCAUCAUUGAUUUUGAUGUUCACCAUGGAAAUGGAACCAAUGAUGCAUUUUAUGAUGAUCCAGAUAUAUUCUUCUUGUCAACUCACCAAGAUGGAAGCUACCCAGGUACUGGUAAAAUUGACGAGGUAGGCCAAGGUGAUGGUGAGGGUACGACACUUAAUCUGCCUCUACCAGGGGGCUCGGGUGACGUAGCCAUGAGGACUGUGUUUGAUGAGGUCAUUGUGCCAUGUGCCCAAAGGUUCAAGCCAGAUAUAAUUCUCGUUUCAGCUGGCUACGACGGUCAUGUUCUGGAUCCGCUGGCCAGUCUGCAAUUUACAACUGGAACAUUUUACAUGCUGGCAUCUAAUAUUACACAACUGGCUAAAGAUAUGUGCGGAGGCCGUUGCAUAUUUUUCUUGGAGGGAGGUUACAACCUUGAUUCUCUUUCAUAUUCAGUGGCAGAUUCUUUUCGUGCUUUCCUUGGGGAGACAAGCUUGGCAUCUGAGUUCGAUAACCCUGCCAUCUUAUACGAAGAACCAUUAACAAGGGUGAAGCAAGCAAUUCAGAAAGUUAGACAUAUACAUUCCCUGUAAAUUAUUCUUAUCAUCAUAUGCAUAGUAUUCUAAACAGGAUCCAAGCAUUUGUAUAGUUUUAUACUUUUAAAUAAUCCUAUAUAUAGGCCACAAUUAUAUUCAAA